CAACUUCCACAGUUAACAACCCAAAAACAACCAAAAAACUCAACAUGAAAUUCUUCGCCGUCUGCUUCUUCGCUGUUGUGGCUGUGGCUUCUGCUAAGCCCGGCAUUCUCUCUCCUUUGGCCUACACCGCACCAGCUGUGGUCGGCAGCGCCGCCUACGUGGCACCCUAUGCCUCCAGCUAUAGCGCUCAUCAGGUGGCCCAUAGCGCUGCCUUCCCAGCUGCCUACACUGCGCCCAUUGCUGCCGCCGCCUACACUGCUCCAGUUGCUGCUGCCUACUCCGCUCCUCUGGCUGCCGCCUACUCCGCUCCUCUGGCUGCUGCUUACUCCGCUCCUCUGGCUGCCGCCUACACUGCACCUGUGGCCGCUGCCUAUGCCAGCCCCUCGCUGCUGCUGAAGAAGUAAAGCGCUCCAAUGUGUCCACGUCUUGACCUCCGCAAGUGUAAAUAAACAAUUUUCUAUAUACCCAAAAGCGAACUGCAGUAAAU